CCAUGUAUAGUUAUAACACAACAGCGAGCUAAUCGUAUAAGAUUUGGAGGCACAGAAACUUUUGACUUGUGAGGAUACUAAGAAACUUAGCGAAGCCAUAUCAUGGGAUCCGAAACAGAGUGUGAGCUUGGCGUGGUAAAUUUCAGCGACAAGAACAUGAAACCUGGUUCAAACGAAUGGGCUUCAGCCUGUCGUGUAGUGCGUCGUGGACUGGAACGUGAUGGCUGCUUCAUUGCACUCUACGAUCAAGCGAGUCCAGGGCUCUGCAACUCAAUGAUAUCUGCGAUGGGCCAGCUGUUUCAUCUCCCUUUAGAAACCAAGAUGCAAGAGACCAGCCCCAAGAUUUUCCACGGCUAUUAUGGCCAAUACUCUUUGCUUCCUCUCUACGAAUCUCUGGGCAUCGACGAUCCUCUGACCAUGGAAGGAUGCCAAAAGUUCGUUCACAUCAUGUGGCCUCAGGGAAACGAUCGUUUCUGUGAAAUAGUUAAUGAGUAUGCGAGGGUGGUGGGAGAAAUUGACCGCUUGGCGUAUAGAAUGAUGUUUGAGAGCUACGGUCUGGAUCAGGAUGCGUGCGAUUCUUUGGUGGAAUCAAACAACUAUCUGCUUCGAUGCUUCAAAUACAGAAAACCAGAGAUGCAAGAGACAGAUUUGGGAAUCCAUGCUCACACCGAUAUGAGUCUGUUUAGCAUACUUCAGCAGCUCAAUUUCGAUGGCUUGGAAGUCAAACCAAAGGAUGCGCAGAAUUGGAUUAAGAUUGAAGCCUCACCCUCCUCCUUUGUUGUCAUGGCCGGCGACGCACUCAAGGCGUGGAGUAAUGGGAGGGUUCAGGCGUGUGAACACAGAGCGAUGAUGAAGGCAGAGAAGACGAGAUACUCGAUGGGACUAUUUUCGUUUGGGGGGAAGACAAUAGAGGUUCCGGAGGAGCUAGUGGAUGAGAAGCAUCCAUUACUUUAUAAACCCUUCGACCACUAUGAAUUCCUUCGCUUCUGUCAGACCCACAAAAUUCAGCAAUCUGAUGCUCGAAUCACUUCUUAUUUCGGGCUGUAACUUGCCACUUCCCAAUAAUACAGAGGAAGCUAUUUUAUCUAUCACUACUCCAUUUCUUAUCCAGCAUAUUCAUCACUCUGAAUUAUGCUCUUCCAUUUGUUUGUUUGUUUGUUCCUGGAUUUACAAUUUCAAGUCGUGUGCGUAAUUAAGGGCGCAACAGCUUAGCAUCUGCUGUUGAGUCAUGCUGUAUUGGAAACAAGUGUUUGUUAAGAAAAUUCUCUUAUUUCGUUA